AUGGAGAUGCAAGGAGAGGGUGGUCACCCCUACAUUCCAAGAGAUCUGAAAUUGCCUGGUUAUGUGCCUGUGAGCCUCUCUCAAUCAACCAUACUUAGCAUUUUUGGAAUCUCUUCUCUAUUGGUCGUCUCCUUCAUGUGGAUCCUCUCCGGUCGGUUUCCAAAAACGUCAAAAACUGAGAGAUGGCUAAUGUGCUGGUGGAUUUUCACGGGCCUGACCCACAUUAUUCUUGAGGGAUAUUUUGUAUUUUCCCCAGAAUUCUACAAGGAGAAGGCUUCAUUAUACCCUGCAGAAGUUUGGAAAGAAUACAGCAAAGGUGAUUCAAGGUAUGCCGCAAGGGAUUCUUGUGUCGUCGCUGUUGAAGGGAUUACAGCCGUUUUAGAGGGUCCAGCCUCUCUCCUUGCUGUGUAUGCUAUUGCAACAAAAAAGUCGUAUAGGUACACACUCCAACUGGCUAUUUCUUUGGGGCAGCUCUAUGGAACUGCUGUAUAUUUCAUCACGUCUUACUUGGACGGAGACAACUUUGCUGCAAGCAUGUAUUACUAUUACUCGUACUACAUUACAGCUAAUGCUUCUUGGGUUGUAAUUCCCACAAUCAUCAGCAUAUACUGCUGGAAGAAGAUAUCUGCAGCACUUCAAGUCCAGGAAUUGAAGAAGGCCAAACUACGCUGA